GGGUUUACUUUGAAAAUCUGCAACGGAAGUGUCUGUUCUGAGCUCAGUAACGUCGUCAAAUGUAAAGCUAGCUCCCUGUGAUUAGCCACGUCAUGUAAACUUUGGCAGUGGAGCGGUUGCGAUAUAAGAACGGCGAGGGGCUUGCUGUUUUUUUGAGGAUACUGUUUCAUUUUCAAAGAAUAGUUCUUGUUUUAGGAUUAUAAGUGGGCAGUAAUCAUAGGAAAAUAUGUCAGAUAUCGGGGACUGGUUCAGAAGCAUCCCUUUCAUCACCCGGUGCUGGUUUGCUGCCUCCAUUGCUGUUCCCCUUAUUGGGAAACUAGGAUUGGUUGAUUUCAGACACCUCAUGCUGGACUCGGAAUUGGUGUUUUAUAGAUUUCAUCUCUGGAGACCAGUGACAGCCACCUUGUAUUUCCCAGUAACCCCUAAUACUGGGUUUCUGUAUCUGGUCAACCUGUAUUUCCUCUACCACUACUCCACUCGGUUAGAGACAGGGGCGUUUGAUGGCAGACCUGCAGACUAUAUCUUCAUGCUUUUCUUCAACUGGAUCUGCAUUAUUAUAACUGGGCUGCUGAUGAACAUGCGGCUGCUGAUGAUCCCGUUGAUCAUGUCGGUGUUGUACGUCUGGGCUCAGUUCAACAAAGACAUGGUCGUGUCCUUCUGGUUUGGAACACGAUUCAAGGCACAUUAUCUGCCUUGGGUCAUCCUGGCCUUCAACUUCAUCAUUGGAGGCUCUUUUGUGAAUGAACUGACAGGGAACCUGGUGGGUCACCUUUACUUCUUCCUCAUGUUCAAAUACCCCAUGGACCUGGGAGGACGCUCCUUCCUCACCACACCAGAGUUCUUGUAUCGGCUCUUCCCUACCAGGAGGGGAGGGGUGUCGGGCUUUGGGGUCCCUCCCACCAGGAGACCAGCUGCCCAGGAGCAGGCGGGACAAGGUGGGGGAGGACGUCACAACUGGGGUCAAGGCUUCCGCCUGGGGGAUGACUGAGCGAAGACGAGGAGAUAACUACAACCCCCGUUCUUAGCUCCCAAUAACAAAGGGUCGUGCAGUGGAUGAUUCGGGUUCAAGUGUUUGCUUCUUCACAUUCUUCUGACUUGAUUAAUUCACAUGUAAUUUUAAAGCAUAUAAUGGGGAGAAAUUUGACGAAGCACAUUUUAACCAGGAAAACAUGGCACGGAAGGACUCGGACUCUGGCUGCAGGCUCAGUUUACCAAGUGAAGCCAGCUUUGCCAUUACUACUACUGCACAUGUCCAUGUGAAGCAGACACAAGAAAAUAUGAAUAAAUCGUUCUUUUUAAGUGAUGAUUCUUGA